AUGACCGACUGGAAGUUCCACUUUAGCUUCAACACUGAUGGUACUACCAAGUACAUCAAGCUGCCGGCAGUCAAUCUCAAUGCCGAUGUGGUACAGGAGAGGCUCCACUCUCCCGAAAUCACAACGAACUACGUCGAAAAAGAGCUCCCCGGAAAUGAUUCUCUCGUUGCGCUUAUCCAGGAGGUGUUUAGCCAUAAACUGGGCCAAAGCCCCAUUAAAUUGAAUGCAUCAUGCAGGGCCCUACAGGAAGGGUUAGAGUGGGGUGAAAUGGUUGAAAGUAAAGAUGUGAUGUGGGAGAGGAGGGAGGGUGACCAAAAAAUGACCAGAUCAACCUAG